CUAAUCACCUUUUUCAACCUCUGCUGGAAACCAAAAGCACCACCACCAUUUGCAAACAGGGCUUCACCUCUGUUUUGUUUCAGUUACCUGACGCGAUUCCCUGCCAAAAAAACUGUGACUUUUCCAACCCAACCUUUCUUUCUGCUACACCCACUUUCUGUUCCUUCACCCGUACUAAAACUAAAACCACCUUCAACUUUUAGCAAAAUGGGUUGUGCUACUUCAAAGCAACAAGAUGGGGGAGACAAUGUAGUGUCCUUUUGUAAGGAGAGGAAGCGCCUCCUGAAAUUGGCGGUGGAGAGGAGGUAUGCAUUUGCUGAUGUUCAUGGUAAGUACAAUCAGGCGCUGUAUGCAGUGGCUGCUGCCAUUAGACUGUUUGUGGCCAGACAUUCCUCUCCUUCUUCUUCCCCUUUUCUCAUCACAGUCUCUUCUUCUGCUGAUGAGACCCUUGUCAGUGUCACCAACCCCAUGUUCCUGCAACAAAAGCCAACAGAACCCACCCAUAAAGUCAUUUCCUUUGAGAAUCAAGGACAGGAUCAAGAAUCAUCUAGUCAAGAAGAUGAAGAGGAAGAAGAGGAUGAAGUGGUGUGUGAGCACUUUAAUGGGGAUGAAACUCAGACUUUUGGGUGGGAUUUCUUCAACCCCUUUGAUGAGUUUAGAACAGAGGUGGUAAAUAGGUUCAGUGAGAGUUCUGAUGAGAAAUUGAAGGCAUUGAGAGAGGAAGAGGGGAUUCCAAACCUUGAAGAAGAUGCAGAGACAAAGGUUGAGCAUGGUGGGAAUGUGGAGAGUGAGAGCAAAGAUGUUGAAAAUGGAGAUGGUGCAAAUGUGAACCAGGGGAGGUUCCGAAUGAUUGAUACACCCAAUGGGAGGGAGUUAUUAGAGGCAUUGAAGGAUGUGGAGGAUCAUUUUGUUAAGGCUUAUCACUCCGGUUUAGAUGUGUCCAAGAUGCUAGAGGCCCGUAGAGUCCAAUUGCAAUCUGGUUUGGAGGAACUUAAAGAUAGCUCACAUAAACUAAUCAGGUCAAUUACAUGGAGUCGUCCUACCUUGUCCAGGUCUUCAUCUUGUAGAAGUCUCCUUUCAUCUAGUUCCAAAAGUUCUUCUACAUGGAUAGAAUCCAAGAAUGAAAUGUUUGAUGACUAUGGAGGAAUGGAAUCCGGAAGCCAUUCUUCCACACUGGGAAGAUUGUAUGCUUGGGAGAAAAAACUCUAUGAGGAGGUCAAGGCUGGAGAACAAACUAGGAAAACCUAUGAGAGAAAAUGCUACAAAUUGAGAAAUUCUGAUGCUAGACAUGAUGACAUAUGUGCCGGGGACAAAAGGAGAGCAGAAAUGACAGAUUUGCAUACCAGGAUCUUGGUUGCAUUGCGCAGCACAGAAUCAAUCUCAGAAAGGAUUCGGAAACUGAGAGAUGAAGAGCUGCAGCCACAAGUUGUUGAGCUGCUCCAUGGCCUUAUGAGGAAUUGGAAGAUGAUGAUGGAAUCUUCAGAAACUCAAAUGCGAAUCAUGUCUGAAGUUCAAUCUUUUGACUGUCCUGUGUAUGGAAAGUUCAGCGAUGAUUCUCACCGCCUCUCAACUCUUCAGCUUGAGGCUGAACUUCAUAACUGGCGUACCUGCUUUGUUGAGUAUGUUUCAGCACAGAAAGCAUAUGUUGAAGCCCUUGUUGGUUGGCUUUCCAAGUUCAUUGCCCCUGAAAUGGAUUUCUUCUCUGAGAGAAAAACUUCUCUGCCACCAUUACUGGUAACCUGUCAAGAUUGGUUAGCUUUUACAGGGAAACUGCCAGAUGAGGCUGUAAUUCGUGCCAUGAAAAGCCUACAGAAGGAUAUCCGGGCACUUUGGGUUCAACAAGGGGAGGAACAGCAUCAGAAGAGAAAAGUUGAUGUACUUGCAAAAGAACUAGAGAGGAGGGUUUUGGCAUUCCAGGGAACGGAAAACAGGGUUCUCCAGUCCAAACAGUCUGAUCAUCAAGGAUUAGAAGCAAACGUGCGGAACAGCAUAGAGCACUUGGCAGAACAGAAAACUCUGUUGGAUUUGUUCAGGAAGAGGGUUGAUGCAGAGAAGGCAAAACACCAGGCCACCAUGGAAGAGACUUGGCGAAUCACAGUGAACGGAUUCCAGACAGGAUUUUCUUCAGUUUUUAAGUCUAUGACCGAGUUCUCAAAGGCCACUUCGGAAAUGUAUGCUGACCUUGUGAACUACUCUGAAAAUGCCAAUGCAGAAAAAGAAAAGGACUGCGAAACGUCCCAUGCAGAGGAAAUUAGUUCUUAUCUAUGGAAUUGAGGGGGGAAAUCUGAAAGUUUGUCUUUAGUAACAUUCUGAAUGUGAUCUUUAUAAUCUGAAUGAAAUAAAGAUUUUGUAGAAACUAAUAAGAAGAUAAAGUUUCAUGUUCUUUCGAUCUUCUUUCAGUAUCAGAUACAACACAGCUAUAAUAUAUAUUCAUGUGUUCA